ACUGUGCUCUGAGAAAUGUCUCCGGGGUGUAAAGGAAGUGAUUCUUCGUUCCUUGGUUUCUGUUGCUAAGGACUCACUGACUAGCCCGGAGCCUGAGAUCGUCCGGGCUGUGUACUGCUGGAUGGUGGGGUGCAGGGGAGGGGGCACAUCUCUGAUCAUCUUCAGAGGAGAAGGCCUCCAGCAUUUGGAUGAGGAGCUGGAAGUGUCAUUCCAGAAGACGGUGUAGGAAUGUCUUGGCUCUCCAGUGAGAAUGGAACAGAAGCUGAAGAGCUGGAGGAUGCAUUUCAUGAUGGAGUUUCAGCUAUCACCUAUGAGUCAGACACAGAAAAGAAAGUAAAGAAGAAAAAAGGCAUCAAACCUCCUCGGUCACAAAGCUCCCCCUAUCUCUCCAGUGCCAAUCUGCACCCGAAAAAGGCACAAGUGUGGAGGUCCUUAACAGGGACAGGUCAGAUGCACACCGAGAACCCAAUGGCCAAGGUGCCAAGAAAGCUGUGGUUGGCAUCACUUAAGCAAGGCAGUAGCCUGACUCAGCCCUUGAAAUCAGACACGGACAUCGGGCAGGCUUGGGUGAAUCCUGGCAGCGGUACACCGGAGUAUCUCAAGGAAGCUCUCGGGAUGAAGAAGCCUAAAUACUCCCGCUCCUCCAGUAAUGGUUACAUCCCGGGAACUCCAGACUUUAAAGAGAAGGAGGACAUGUACGAUGAGAUCUUAGAUCUGAAGAAGUCUGUACAAGCACAUAAAUCUGAGAAUGACAUCAUGAAAACUAAACUUCGGAGGCUGGAAGAAGAAAAUAAUAGAAAAGAUCGUCAAAUCGAACAGCUGCUGGACCCCUCCAGAAGCUCGGAAUUUACGCGGAGUCUGGUGGAUAAAAGAAGUGACAACAGUUUGCUGGUAAAUAACCUCAAACAGAAGAUUCUGAAGCUCGAGAAGCAAUGUAAGGAGAAAGAUAAUACUCUCAGCAAAUUGCAGACAGAACUUAAAACAACUAGUGUGGAAGAGAUGAGAAUAGCCAUGGAGACCUACUAUGAAGAGAUUCAGCGACUACAGCUAUUGUUGGCUAAAGCAGAGACGCAAGAAAAAAAACCUCCUGCAGAGACUCGAGAGUCCCAGAAGAGACAAAAGGCCAUGAAUAUGGCUCUACUCAAACUCUCCAAACAGGUGAAGGAACUGCAGGAGGAGAACAAGAGUCUGAAAGCGGACCUGGACAGAGCCAUGGCCCAAUCACCUACCUCCACCAGAACAAAAGGGUACAACGAAUGGAGCAAACAGAGGUUGGUGAGGAAGAUCUCAGAGCUGGAAAAGAAGCUAGAGGUAGCAGAAAAGUCGAAUCCAUCGAAUACAGAACUGGACAAAUCCACUCGACUUGGUGCAAUUCCCAAUGCUGAUACAGUAGAUGGACCAACAUCCAAUCUUCAUGAAGAAUGUGAGCGGCUAAGAAACAUCCUCAAGAAAGUAAAAGAAGAUCGAUCCGCACUACAGGAGAGGCUUGCCGCCAAGGAAACAGACAUCAGAAAACUACAACAAGAAAGGGCAGACAUAGAGGGGAAGCUGCAAAAACUGAAGGACAGAAAAGACGAGAGUGAAGAAAUGAAUCGACUUCAUCAAAAGAUAAAAAGGUUGGAGGCUGAACUAGAGGAUGAGAAAAGGGAGAAAGAGGCCGCACUGGAGACUGUGAAAAAGACACCGAGUGAGGUAACAGGGUCCCGUCCAAGCUCUGCUAGAAGUCCAUCCAAUGUGACAUCUCGCAGGGGGUCUGCUGGUUCCUCUGGGGGAAGAGAGAAACAAAAGCAGCAAGAAGCAGCACAAGUGAUUCAGAAGAACUGGAGACAAUAUAAAAGCAAGAAAGAAGAGAGUCAUGACUUGGAAGAUACAACCGUGCUUCUCCAGGCAGCUCUGCGAGGUCACCUAGCCAGGCAGAAAAUGUUAUCGUCUUCGACUCCUCGUGUAAAGUCACCAAGAACAAACAGCCUGAGCAGACAGGACAGCACCGGAUCUGACGGUAAACUUUUACAAGACCCCAGCAUGGAAGAAGAGGAUCAUGUGACUCUCCUGCAGUCCACAUUCAGAGCACAUCUGACGCGCACAAAAGUGCUGGGCCAGAGAUCAAGACCCAGUGACAUGAAAGGCAGAGAGAGCCCAAUUAGGAACUCUUCCAGAGAAAGCACAAGAUCUCCGGGAUCCAGGAAAUCUUCCAAUCAAAACGCCCAAUAUUUGUUUGACAGUGACAGCGGUGAAGAGGCAAUUGAAGAGUAUAUUGAGGAGCUGGCGUCUGAAGAGGAAGAUGACAUCGCUACUAAGAGACCGCCCUCUCGUCGUUCAUUAUCAAAGCUGCAAUCAGGGAAGGUGCAACAACCGAUCAUCGAAGAGGUACAGUCUGACGAUUCGGAUGACAUCAUCGUGUCUCCAUCACGGCCAACAAGAAGGAAAGACUCAGGCUUUUAAACCAGCUGAACUCGCCCAUACAGUGCCUUCAAGAGUUCUCUUUUUAUAUAUACCGUGUCUUAUUUAUUCAGCUUAGUUUUGUUAGGGACAAACAUCCACAGAUAUCCAGGUUUUCAAUGUAUUCCUAAAUGGUCCUGGAUUUUUAAAGAGAAUCGGUAGCUGUUGGAACUCUUAUAAAUCAUUAAGUUUGAUGCAAAUUAUUACAUUUUCUUAUAUACUGUAGAUCUAUAUACAAUGGCCCAGAUUCACAGAGAGCAAGGCGCACAUUACGCCGCCGUAGAGCAAACACUGUACGC